AAAACAAAAUUUCCAGAAUUGGGAGCCCUUCUGAGCUCCUCCUUCAGCUCAAUCACUGCUGCUUGUGCUUGCUUCACUACUCAUUCAUUGGCCAGCUCAAAAUUAUUUUGCGCCAUCAUUUAUUUUCAAAUUUUGUGGCCGGAAUUUCUUGAGGAGUUCAAUUCGGGGAAAUUUGAAGCAACAGUGUUGGUUCUGGUCCUGUUGAAUUCGUGUUGUUGGAAGAUUUGGAGGAUCGCGCCUUGGAGUUGCACAGAUCUGCAUGAAAACAAAUCGCCACAAGUUUCUCUUCCUUUUGUCAUGUAUGCUGCUCAACCUUUUCCCACUGGUUUAUCCAGUUUUCGUGGAUGAUAUGAAGAUUAAUGAAGUAUGUAUCAACCCAAAGCUGUUCCUAGCUCAAGCUUAGCUCACGGGAAUCCAGUUGUUCAAACUCAGCCAUUAGACUGCAGUGCCAGCAGAAUGGAUCCUAUCAGUGGAAGUAGCAAUCUGAACAACAAUCCCAAUUUGGCAUCUAAGCAGCGGCUUCGUUGGACGCAUGAGCUUCACGAGCGGUUUGUUGAUGCCGUAGCACAACUUGGUGGGCCAGACAGAGCAACUCCUAAAGGUGUUCUUAGAGUUAUGGGAGUUCAAGGGCUAACAAUCUACCAUGUGAAAAGCCACUUACAGAAAUAUCGGCUUGCCAAGUAUCUUCCAGAUUCUUCUUCUGAUGGGAACAAAGUUGAAAAGAAAGAAUCUGGAGACAUUAUUUCCAGUUUGGAUGGCUCAUCUGGAAUGCAAAUAACCGAAGCACUCAAGCUGCAGAUGGAGGUUCAGAAGCGAUUGCAUGAGCAAUUAGAGGUGCAAAGACAGCUGCAGUUGCGGAUAGAAGCCCAAGGAAAGUACUUAAAAAAGAUAAUCGAGGAACAACAACGCCUCAGUGGAGUUCUUUCAGAAGAACCUGGCUUAGGGGUCCCCGCACCAGGAACACAGGACAUUCACCCUGAGUCCGAUAAUAAAACUGAGCCAGCAACUCCUGGUCCGACAUCCGAGCCACCUUUUCCUGACAAGCCUGCCAAAGAGCAUAUCCCAGCCAAGAGUCCUUCAGUUGAUGAAUCUUUCUCCUCUCACCACGAGCCUCUAACCCCUGAUUCUGGUUGCCAUGUGACUUCUUCAGUCGAAAGCCCAAGUGAGAGACCAGGGAAAAAGCAACGGGGAAGAGCUGAUGUAGCAUUCACUAAACCAGAGAUGGUUCUCACUCAUUCAAUACUUGAGUCAAGCUUGAGCCCUCCUUACCAGCAGCCACACUCUAUUUUCUUGACAAGAGAGCAGUUCGAUCAUUCAUCAGGGUUAUCCAUUGGCAGCGAAAAUAAGUUAGAAAGAGUCCCCGAAAGCAACCUGUAGCUUGUCCUGGUCCAUGUUGCUUGGACCUACAUUACCACUCAUUUGUCACCUUGUAUGUCUAGUUUCUGAAAUACAUACCUACAUUAGGUCAGAAAACCUUACUGGUAUUUAGAUGUUAUGAGAAUGUUAGGUUUAGAAGCUUUUAUAUCCUUGAAGCUUUUCCUUUCAGUGGGUGAACGUGCAGAUAUUACCUGGUAUUGCAGCUUUAUUGACUGACCUCUUCGUUUCUUUCAA